AUGGCUGCUGCUCAACAGGACCACCUUGACACGGGUGGUAGGGUCGCCUGGCUAGCUUCACUCGACACUGCUUACAGUCCCGAGCACAACUACCGCCGUUCCUCCAUCAUUUGCACUAUUGGUCCCAAGACCAACUCCGUCGAGGCUAUCAACAAGCUCCGCGAUUCUGGCCUCAAUGUCGUGCGCAUGAACUUUUCCCAUGGCUCAUACGAUUACCAUCAGUCUGUCAUUGACAAUACGAGAGCUGCUGUCGCCUGUCAUGCUGGCCGACCGGUUGCCAUUGCCCUUGACACCAAGGGUCCAGAGAUCCGAACUGGUAACACUAAGAAUGACGAAGAUAUCCCAAUCUCUGUCGGUACGGUGAUGAACUUUACUACUGAUGAGAAAUAUGCCGCGAGCUGCGACACCGAGAACAUGUAUGUUGACUAUAAGAACAUUACCAAGGUCAUUGAACCUGGCCGUGUUAUUUAUGUAGAUGAUGGCGUUCUGGCUUUCGACGUUUUGAGCAUCAAGGACGAAAAGACCGUUGAGGUCCGUGCCAGAAACAAUGGCUUCAUUUCAUCCAGGAAGGGUGUAAAUCUUCCUAAUACCGAUGUCGAUCUUCCUGCUCUGUCUGAAAAGGACAAGGCCGACUUAAAGUUUGGCGUCAAGAACAAUGUGGAUAUGGUCUUUGCCUCCUUCAUCCGCCGAGCUCAAGACAUCAAAGACAUUCGCGAAGUACUUGGUGAGGAGGGCAAGCAAAUUCAAAUCAUUGCCAAGAUCGAGAACCGCCAGGGCUUGAACAACUUCAGAGAGAUUUUGGAAGAGACAGAUGGUGUCAUGGUUGCAAGAGGCGAUCUUGGAAUUGAGAUCCCGGCUGCAGAGGUAUUUGCGGCGCAGAAGAAGCUGAUUGCUAUGUGCAACAUUGCUGGAAAGCCCGUUAUUUGCGCGACGCAGAUGCUGGAAUCCAUGAUUAAGAACCCCCGGCCCACUCGUGCCGAAAUCAGCGAUGUUGGCAAUGCUAUCACUGACGGAGCAGACUGUGUCAUGCUGUCUGGUGAAACGGCAAAGGGAAACUACCCAUGCGAGGCCGUUCGUGAAAUGCAUGAGGCCUGCCUGAAAGCUGAAAAUUCCAUCCCGUACGUUUCUCAUUUCGAGGAAAUGUGCACUCUCGUGCAACGCCCAGUCAAGACUGUUGAAUCUUGCGCUAUGGCAGCUGUACGUGCUUCUCUUGAUUUGGCUGCUGGUGGUAUCAUUGUGCUGUCUACCUCGGGAGAAUCUGCAAGACUUCUCUCCAAAUACAGGCCAGUCUGUCCCAUUUUCAUGGUGACACGGAAUGCCACCACUUCGCGCUUCAGUCACCUGUAUCGUGGAGUCUAUCCAUUCCUUUUCCCUGAGGCCAAGCCUGACUUUGAUAAGGUCAAUUGGCAGGAGGAUGUUGACAAGCGUAUCAAGUGGGCUGUCAACCAUGCUCUGGAGCUCAAUGUCCUGACCCCAGGUGACACCGUGGUUGUCGUACAGGGUUGGAAGGGAGGCAUGGGCAACACCAACACGCUGCGAAUCGUCCGUGCCGACCCAGAGCACCUGGGAAUUGGCCAGGCUUAA